AUGGUUAAGGAAACCAAGCUGUACGACCAGUUGGGCGUCAGCCCCUCGGCAACCCAAGAUGAAAUCAAGAAAGGCUACCGAAAAGCCGCACUAAAGUACCACCCCGAUAAGAACAAGGACAAUCCACAGGCGGCCGAGAAGUUCAAGGAAUGUUCUCAAGCCUACGAAAUUCUCUCCGACCCCGAAAAGCGCAAAACCUACGAUGACUAUGGUCUCGAGUUCCUGCUGCGCGGAGGUGCUGCCCCACCCCCAGAAGCCGGCGGCAACCCUUUCGCUGGGGGUGGAAUGCCCGGAGGCUUCGAUUUCGGCAGCGGCGGCAUGCCCGGCGGCGGCGGCGCCCGCACUUUCCGCUUCAGUACCGGUGGAGGAAACGGAGGUGGCUUUAACUUCAGCUCCGCGGACGACAUUUUUGCUGAAUUUAUGCGCUCAGGUGCUGGUGGAAUGGGCGGAGGCGGCAGCGGUGGCAUGGACGACUUUGAGAACAUCUUCCCAGGCUUUGGCGCCGGUGGCCAACGGGGCGGUGGUCGCUCGCAGCGCAUGCGCAACAGCGGCUUCGGAGACUCGCCGCGGCCCAGGGAGUCGACGCCCGAGGUCACAACGGUGGAGCGGCCCCUCCCGCUCACGCUCGAGGAGCUGUUCCGUGGCGUGACCAAGAAGAUGAAGAUCAAGCGCAAGACGUUCGACGACACGGGCAAGAGGACGACGACCGACACGGUCCUCGAGGUGCCCAUCAAGCCGGGCCUGAAGAAGGGCAGCAAGAUCAAGUUCAAGGGUGUUGGCGACCAAGAAGAGGGCGGCCAGCAAGACCUGCACUUUAUCCUGGAAGAGAAACCCCAUCCGCUCUUUGUGCGCGAGGACAAUGACCUGGUCCACACGGUCGAACUGGACCUGAAGGAAGCUCUCACCGGCUGGAGGCGGACCGUGACCACCAUCGACGGCAAGCAGCUAAACCUCGACAAGAACGGCCCUACGCAGCCUGGCAGCUCCGACAGGUACCCUGGCCUGGGCAUGCCCAUCUCCAAGAAGCCGGGCUCGAGGGGAGAUUUCGUCAUCAAGUACAACGUCAAGUUCCCGUCGAGCCUGACGGCGGAGCAGAAGCAGAAGCUGAGGGAGAUUUUGUAA